AUGCCCCAAAAGAUCACCGUCGCAGUGGCGCAAGCCCGCACCCUCUCUACACUAGAGACAACCCUGUGCGCCUUGAAGCAAAUAACCCAACAUGCAGCAUCAAAGGGAGUCCAUCUCAUCCUCUUCCCAGAAGCCUACCUAGGCGGCUACCCACGCACCUGUGAUUUUGGAACAGCCGUAGGCGCCCGCGAACCGCAUGGUCGCGAUCAAUUCCUGGAAUAUUUCCGCGCAGCCGUCGACCUGGGUGAUACGCCUGCUGGAGCCGGGGAUGAUUGGGUUGAGCGGAAACUACCUGUGGCGAAAGGACGGGACCAUCGGGGCGAUGGGACUAGGGAGUUUCUUGAGAAGGUGGCCAGGGAGACGGGGGUGUUUAUUGCUACUGGAUUGAUUGAACGGGCUGGGGGUAGUUUGUAUUGUUCCGCUUUGUAUGUCGAUCCCGUGCGGGGAGUCUUGGGGAAGAGGAGGAAGGUUAUGCCGGCUGACGUUUACUUGCUUCUGGUGGGAAAGACUGCCUCGGAGCGUCUUGUUUGGGCUCAGGGAUCGCCUUCUACCCUCAAGGCUAUUACUACUGAGCUCAAUGGUGUCAAGCUUACCAUUGCUGCUGCUAUCUGCUGGGAAAGCUUCAUGCCCAUGCUUCGGCAGAGUCUUUACUCGCAGAAUGUGAAUAUCUAUCUCGCGCCGACGGCUGAUGGUCGUGAUACCUGGUUGCCUCUUAUGCGUACGAUUGGUGGCGAAGGUCGGACCUUCGUGCUCUCUUGCAACCAGUGCGUGCGAUAUAACGAGCUUCCAUCCUGGAUUACCCAGCAGGGCAACACUUCCAAGGAUAUCCCAGAUCACUAUAUUUCGCGCGGUGGCUCUUGCAUUGUCGGACCCCUCGGUGAAGUCGUGGCCGAGCCCAUUUGGGAGGUCUGCACCGAUGACGCCGAUGGUUCUAAGAUUGGAGAUGGGCUUGUGAUCUCCGAGAUUGACCUGGAGGAUUUACUGGGGAGAAUGCAAUUCGCCCUGCCUCCACGGAGGAGUCCCCUCCCAAUCGCGCGAUCAUCGCGAACGCCGUCCUACCGAAGAAAGCAGCUCAAGACAGUCGCCAUAUUCGGCUUCGCAAUUUUCUCCCUCCUCUAUCUAUUACACCAUUUCUUCUCCUCAACCUCGACACCCGCUGCUGCAUCAGCAGGCACUUCAGGUGUCGUGAUUGUCACACUACUUGAUCGCAAACACUUUAGUGAGAGCUAUGUGAAGAAGAUCGUCGCAAACCGGGAAGAUUAUGCAAAGCGUCAUGGGUAUACAAACUUCUUCGCCAGCAUCUCCGACUACGAGGAAGCCAUCGGCGACGCCCCAAAAAGCUGGGCAGUCGCCCCAGCAGUCCGACACGCGAUCGCCACCCAUCCGCGCGCGGCAUACUUCUUCCAUCUAAGCCCCCACUCUCUCAUCAUGAACCCGAGCAAAUCGCUCAAAUCGCACCUUCUCGAAAAGGGCCGGUUGGAAUCUUUGAUGUUGAAAGAUACACCCAUCGUACCGCCCGAUAGCAUCAUCAAGACAUAUACACAUCUAAAGGAGAAAGAUGUGGAUCUGAUUGUCACGCAGGACAAGGAGAAUCUCAAUCCCGGGAGCUUUAUCCUUCGGAAUGGAGAGUUUGCGCGGUUUUUCCUUGAUAUCUGGUUUGAUCCGUUGUAUCGGAAUUACAAUUUUGCUAAGGCGGAGAUUCAUGGCUUGGAUCAUAUCAUGCAAUGGCAUCCGACUGUUCUUGCCAGGACUGCCUUGGUACCUCAGCGUACUUUGAGUUCGUAUGGCAAAGAUUCCUUGGCUGCUUCAUUGGAUGGGAUCUACAAAGAUGGUGAUCUUGUAGUUCAAUUCCAGGGCUGUGAGGAAACAGAGGGCCGCGAUUGCGCGCAAGAAUUUGAGCCAUAUUACAAUUUGUGGCAGAAGAAAGUGAAGAGUGACUAA